AUGGAGGUGAACACGAAUCCUUCUCAAACACACAGGUUUCCUGUGCCUCACAAAAAAGUUUCGGUAGAUGUGAAGGUACAGAACAUGCAUUAUUUUUUGUGUUAAUAAAGAUGUCUUAACAAAAUAUUUCUCAAUUUUAAAAUUUACUGUUAGACGGGGUACAGGCCGAUGAAAAUGAACCUAAGGAUUUAUACCCUUAUACUUUAGGUCAAUUAUAAUAAUGUUUUGAAUUCUUAUUGACGUCAUAUGAUAUUUUUACUGAAAAUAAUUCGAUUAGAAGAUAUGAAGAAUAUUGUGUAUUAGAUGCUGGUUGUGGCACAUUUCUCUUAAGUAAAAUAAAAAUUUACGAUUCACCAGUGAGAAUAAAAGACCAUAAAAUAAUUAUAUGUUAGAAAGAAAUCGAGUUGGAGGGCAGAGAAUUAAUAUCCCAGGGUAACUAUUUAUCUGGGAGAAUUGGGUUUGACUCCUGCUCCCCGUUGCAUAAUCAGAUGGGCUACUUUAGAGGUGGGAUUAGCACUCCGGCUUCGAGCUCGUCGGCAAAGGGGCAGACGGACACAGAUGUAAUAGACCCACUUAUAUGCCCACUCCAUACCCGGGAGGUGAACCUGAGAGAGGAUUCCAACACCGUUGACCAAUAAAUACGGUCAUAGACUUUCCACCGUAACCCAAACCAAAUCAGUCUUUUCUGCUUGAUCGGUGGGGAGGAGCAUCUCAAAGUAUGGGGGAAGGGAUCAAGCGCUUUGACUUUGUCUCCCAAUUAGGAAAAAAAUACAAUUUCUAACUGAGACAUCUUAUGUUGAAAAAUUAUGGUGCUAAGGAAUGCUGAAUUACUGAAUAAAUUAUAAAUUUGAAUGAAAUACUAAAAGACAAAAAAUUGAGCACUCUGUUAUUGUCUAACUUAUGGGACCCUAUCAUUAGUGCUAUUCAGAAAAUCUAGCGUCAGAUUGGGUGUUGAUAGCUAAUAUAUGCCUGCAGGUUAUCGGUCUUGGCUCAUCCACUAUUGAUCUCUUAGUUUUUAAUGAAUUUCUUCCAUCUAUUUCAAUUAAUCAGAUGGUUCUUUCUCAUAAAAUAAUGCAUCCAUGGAUGGUGUAAGUUUUUCUGUCAUGCCAAUUACAAUUGAAUUAGAAGCAGCUACUUGGUUGUAAAGCUUCCUGUUAUGCUCAUCCCCUUUUUCUUCUUCAGAAUAUCUAUUGGUUGUAAAGCUUCAUAAUUAGAAGUAUGUUAUUGAAGUUUAUUCUUAAAUUAUGGGAUUCAAAGAUUGCUUUAUCUUACGUUCUACAGGGGAAUAAAACAGACAUUGUUAUCUGCAGCUAUGAGAAUCACUUUAUGGUGAGGAUAUUUUCCCGUAUUUAUCUUCAUUUGAAAACUUAAACAGGUUCUUAUACGUGAGUACUUCCUCAGGUUAUCGUCACUCAAAGUGGAAAAUGUAAAUAUAUUCCCAUAGUGAAUACUCAUUCAGGCUAUAUUGACUCAAAUUAGAAAUCUCAAAUAGAUUCUUAUGAGUGAAUGCUUCUUCAGGUUAUUGUGACUCAAAUCGGAAGCAUGGGAACCAUACUGCAUGCCAGGUACAUGCUCAUCCUUGCGACUUUUCUUGUGGGAUUAAUAUGUGACGUUGCCUCUUGCACUUCCGUGUUCCAAAUUUAGUAUUAUAUUUGAGUUGAUGCUGCUCUGGAUAUCUUCUUUUCCUCUUGCCCUUGAAAAAUUAUAUUAAAUGGUUCUUAUUCUCUGUGGUCUAUCCAUUGGGAAAUAAAUCACUGCAAACACUGAAAAGGAAUCCCAGAAUGCAGGGAAGAGAUAACAUGCCAAGAUGGAGAAGGGAUAUAUGACCAGGUGGUGAAGACUGGCCGGCUCUCGUUCCUGAGAAUGGUUAGGAGGCCGGCCCUCAACUUUUCUUCCAUGUGGUGGGAUCCUCUCAAUAUCCCGAGGCUCUUUAUGGCCUAAGUUCAAUUGAGCCUAUUUUGCCUUCCACUAGCUCGCAAUUUUUCGACAUUCUCACCCACCCCAUUAAGCCAUCCUCAUCAGCACGUGAUGAAGAAUCACACCCAAAAUACGUGUGCCCUGCUUCAUCAUGAGAAUUGGGGAAAUGCCCAAUUUGGGAACAAUAUGAUUCUAAAACUGUUCCGCAAAUCAGCUCAAUUGAAGUGUGAUUUCCUGGAACUACUACUGUCUUGGAGUUGAUUUCUGUCAAUCGAUGCAAAUGGGUAUUUUCCAUUGAUGGAAAGCUGGAGGAAACUCCUAGGUUUACAAUAAUGGGAUGAUGCCCAUUGUUCAGACGACCGUGGGUAUAUAAGUCAACAGGAUUGUGGAGGAUUUUUAUAAACCUUGUAUAGUGCUCUUGUUCUGUUUCCGUCAUGCUAUGUAGUCGCUUCUUCUGUCAGGGCUAAUUGCCUAUUCACUGUUCUUAUUAAGUACGAAAUGUUGCAGUUAUCCCAGAAGAUGGGAACCUCAAUUUUACCAUUUUAUUUCUCUGUUCAUAUGAUUGCAACUUUAUUAUCGUGUCUUAUGUGGAGUAUUAAUGAAAAUUAUAAAUCCAUAUUUCUGGGUCAGGAAGGAGGAAAGUGUAUCUACAGAACCCACAUUCAGUGUCUCUGUGAUCUUCGGUAAGCGAGAUGAGGUAAGUUGUUGAUAUCAAAUCAACAGUCACAUCUUCAACCUUGUGAACAAUAUGGGAAGAGAUUAUAAUCGGCCAUUUGUGCUAUCUCCCCAGCCACUGCUACUCGCUUGUGCCCGCCAGCUGAUUGAACAUAUAAGGUAUGCGUUUCCUCUCUCUCUCUCUCUCCUCCCUGUCACCCCCCCUCGAAGGUGAUGAUGUAUCUGGCUUUCCUUCUCGCCCUUGGAAUGAAUGAAUACCCACGAGACCUGCGUGGUGACCUGGCACGUGGGUUCUUCCCUGCCGUCCUUUCCAACCAGAAGAAGACGAUAUACCAAGACUCUCGGGCUAUGAUGACGUCACCAUUCUCAUGCCGCCUUCUGUGUCUGCAGUAGCUCUGGUUCUUCCAAGCGGUUGGUGCUGUCUCUCGGCCUCAAGGAUCAUCGCCCGGUAUAUAUAAUAAAUUUCUAUCAUCUUCCUCUUUUUUCUUUCCAGAUAAUAUAUUUCUGCAUAUAUAAGAUAUAUAUAUAUAUAUAAUAGUUUGUGGUUAUUGCGUCAUAAUUCUGAAGGAUUUAUUGGCAGGAAACCCUCAGAGGCGUCGCUUCUGCUGUGACUGAGAAUCGAAUGUGGUGA